CGUAUGUCUAUACUGUCUAUACUGCAGCAGUUGUGCCCUGGGGCAUUCUGUCCCACUCCCUCUCUCUCUCUCUCUCACUCCUCGUCUUUUGGUCCCACUCGUUCCACCUUUCCCGCUCUUCACUGAUGUGUUCCGUGAAAGGCGACAGUGAGAACCAACCAGCAUUGUUAUGGUUAAGGCGAGCGGAGGAACAAACUAGUUCCCUUAACCUUCAGUUGGAGAAGAGCCACCUCCGAUGGAACUUAUUAUCCUGGAUCUGGAUCUGUGAUUCAUUCUAUUCGUUGGUAUUCUCACUUGGAUCAUCCAGAGUGCCGGAUUCCCCUGUUUCGCUUGGGGAAUGAAGGUCUCAUUUGUGCCGCUGGUCUUCUUCAAAAGAUGUCGUUCUUAAGUGAGAGGAGAAGCCGACGAGGACGAGAAGGAGGAGGAGGAGGAGAAGGAGGAGGAUGUGAGAUGUCUUUUGGCACCCGUGACAUCAUCAUUUUUGCCUGCUUUUGCACAAUCUUAUCUUCCGGCCUCCAUGAGGUCCACGGCUACUGUCCCCAAUCCUGUCAGUGUGACGACAUCCUAAGGACAGUGGAGUGCAAGUCCACUGCUCACCUCGAAGUCAUUCCCAUCACCCUGAACCCGAUGAUUGAGGAUUUGGACCUGGAAGGCAACCAGAUAAGGACAGUGGAUGCCUCUUUUCAAUUCUAUGGCCAGCUCAAAAGAGUCAAUUUCGGAUUCAAUCUGAUCAGCGCUUUGCCAGAUCGAUGCUUCUCCUCACAAAAAAGGCUGGCCACGCUCAAUUUGGAGUCCAACCAAGUCAAGAAUGUUUCAGCGAACGCCUUCUUUGGUUUAAGAUCCCUGAAGGUUCUUAAUUUGAGACACAACAACAUCUCGACCCUUCCCAAUUCAACCUUCGUCCACUUGAUCCAGCUCGAGCACUUAGAUCUGUCCUGGAACACCAUUCAAACCAUUGGGUCUAAUGUCUUUGAAGGCUCGGAACACCUCCUAUCUCUCAAUUUGGGCCACAAUCAGGUUACAACCUUGCCAAGCCAAAUAUGGAACUCGGUGUUCCCUCGAUUGAGGAGCCUUCACUUGGGCAACAACGAUUUGGCCUCUCUGAAUGAGAGGGCUUUUAAGAAACAAGGUGCUCCAUCCGAGCUCGAGACUCUCUUUGUGGAAAGUGCCAAUUUGUCAAGCUCGGCUUUGGGAAUGUUGGCGAAAAAUUUGGGACGCCACUUGAAGGUUUUGGAUGUUUCCAAUAAUUCAAUUGACUUGACUAUCGAUUCCACCAAGACGGCUCUUUCCACUCUGACACUUCUGGAGAGUCUCAAAAUAGGAGGAAACUUUCUCCCAGCCGCAGGCAGGCAAAUGUGGGAAGGCUUGAAUAACUUAAAACACUUGGAUCUGAGCCACAGCCCGGCCUUAUUCAAGAUCGAAUCUGAAGCCUUCGGGACCAACCAGAAAUUGGAACAACUCGACUUGAGUGGAUGCACCCAUCUACGUUCAAUUCAACCGAAUGCCUUCCGUCUUUCGAGGGAUAACAAGCACCUACCUCGAAAUGCCUCGAGCCCUCGUCUCAUCAAGGUGAUCAUGUGGAACAUGAAAUGGAAACCCAUAGGUUCUGUUCCUCUUCCCGGCCUAGCUCAAUCGUCCCUAGGAACCUUGGACCUUUCCCACAAUUUUAUACAUUGUGAUUGUCACCUUAUCUGGCUUCACCAAUUUCUUCGCACUUCCCUCCCUUCCAACGGAAGCACAGUGAUGUGUUCCAGUCCCAAGAGACUGUUCCAGCUGUCCCUGUCGAAAGUGGAACAUUCCUCCCAAUUGAAAUGUGAGGAGGAAGAGGAAGAAGUCGGGGAUCCGAGCGAAGACUAUCAUGAUUAUCCUCUCGUGGAGGACAGUCAAGCCCCCAGCGGUAACGACACCCAAGACUCUCAAACCACUAACCAUCAGGCCUUGUCACCUAAAGGACAACGACGACGACCUUACUCGUCGUCGUCGUCGGUGCUGCCUUCGGACUUUCAAUUCCUUCUUAUCAGUGUUUGUGUGAUGUCUGCCACCCUGACAGCCUUGGGAGUGUUGAUUUUGGUGCAUUGCAGACCGGACCGGACUUCUUGUCCACCCAGGAUUCAUUUGUUUCGAAUGGGUGUGGGGGAUACCACUGGAGGUGCCAGAAGAUCCGAAUCUCAUCAAGUGUGCCUUAACAACCAACCCACCACACCACCCUCGAGCUCCGUGCCAAGAACCAUGAACUGCAUCUGCUGUGAUAAAGAAUCUUCCACCGGAGGCUUCCUCCCACCUGGAACCCACCGCGGGAUGUCCUCCUCAUCUUCAUCUUCAAUGUACCGAAAGACUCGCCGCACCCCAUCAAGUAGUAGUAGUUCUUCCAAGCGAUAUACGUUCACGAGUCUCCACAUUCCAUUGCCUUCCACCCGAGGGAUCCCACCGUUUCUCUCCAAUAAAUCUCGAGAUUCCAGCGGGGUUUACCAAGCUUCGGGGGACUUUGAGUUCUUCGCUGGAUCCACGCUUCAACGUCUCAAUCCAUCGUCUAGUGAAUACUUUCCUCCUACGCAUCAUUUCGCUAUGAAUGACGAAGUGAAUCUGUCUCAUUUGGACCCACUUCCAGACUCAUCGAGCUCAAGUUUCAACACAGGCAAUACGAGAUCCUCGCAAAGCGAUUCCUUCGCCCAUCAGACGUGGACAACCAACCAUUAUCGAAAUCAUUGAACUCAUUCACGCUCAAGUAGAUUUGUGACCACUUUUCAACCACAAAGUACAAUAAUCCCUUUCCAUGAAUACAAUCAGUUAGAAACCCGUGCAAGAAACGUUA